AUGUCAACGAACGGAUAUACAAACUGCGUGUCAGGCACAUUCUACGGCAUCACAGACACAGCCGAUAAUGAAUUCUAUCCGGGCGAGACCUUCAAUAUGCAAUGGGGGACCAUUGAAGAUGGCACCCUCCCAUUAAACAUAUCUCUAGGUCGAACAGGAGGAGGUCUAGUAGACCAGAUCGUCGUGGAUGCGACCUUCUCCACAGACAGCGUCCUGUACCAAAUAGUCACAAAUACCACCGCAAACUGCACACUCGAACAAUAUAGCUGGGCUAUUCCUUCCGACUUCAACACCAGCAACCCACAAUACCAGAUCGGCCUGUUCGACGGCUCGGCCCUUCGCGGCGAUAACAACAAUGGAUGGAGGGCCUGGAGCCCGCUCUUUUACGUCCGAGAUAAAGCUAGUGUCGUCACAGCGUCGUCAACGGUCACCGGGUUAUUGACAGCCACCGCGGAGACAAGCCCCACUGCUACCGCAACAUCCACAACAUCGACACAAUCCUCCACUUCCACAUCCACUUCCACAUCAUCCAGCCAUAGCUCUUCUAAUUCUACUGCCAUUGGGGUCGGCGUCGGGGUGGGCGUUGGCGUUGCGGCGCUCGCUGCAUUGGGGCUUUUCUGGUUCUGCUGGCGGAGGCGGAAAUAUAAUGCUGUCAACCAGGAUCACCAUGAGACUGCGGAAGCGGCUGAACUUCCGGCCAGAUCAAGGUCUGAGCUGCCGGGGACUGUGCCGAUUCCGGUUGGGAAAUCGACGGAAUUGCCUGCGGGGAAUCAUGUAGGAGAAUUUGAAGGCGGGGAGGAAGUUGUGAAAGUGAAGUCGAUACAUGAGAUGGAGUAA